AUGGCGACUCAGGCAGCUCCCUCCUCGUCCAGGCCAGCAUACGCUUGCGUGAUCACACGCGACUGGGACCCAUCCCUGCUGGAAAGCGAUCCUCCUGCCCUUGCUACCCCCCUUUUGUCUGUCCGGAGAGGAGAUAAGGCCUGGGUUUUUGUCGGCUCUGGUGGUACUUUUACAGGAUGGGUUCCUAUUUCCGUUAUCCAGAGUGGCCAAAGGCAGGCCCAAACUCUCCCGAUCGAAAUCCCAUUCCGAGGGCGGGUGGCUAGUGCCCCUAGCAUAGCGGCCCAGGUCCCAUCUGACUCUGUUGACAUUUUGGAGGAGACUCUCCGAUGCCUCUGGCGAAGCAUUAUUGCUAACAAGGAUGCUAUUGUUGGUAGCAUUCCAGGCUUGUCUCAGCAGAGCCAGUCGGUUUUGUUCAACGACAAAGCGUCAACCUACGCUGAUGCUGUCUUUUCGAGUAUUACCCCCCAGGCUCGCGGCCUUAUGCGGUCCGGCACCUUUGAUCUCCAGGCUGUGUCGGACCUUAGAGAAGUCAGCUCGACUUACCCAAAGGAGCCAGGUAUCUAUUUCAGGAUCUACGAGCGCUUUGGCAACAGAACAGUCAAUGACCAAGUGUUCUCUACUGCGCUGUACAUUGGACAAUCAGUCGACAUAAACGAAAGAGACAAGCAACACAGAUUUCAGACAACGAGGAAUAACAAAUCGAACCACUACCGCCUCGCGAGACAAGCCAAGAAGGCGGCAAUGAUCCCAUUGAUCCUUGAAAGACACUCUGAGUCUCUGGAGGACUUCCUCCACAUUGCUGAAUUCUCGAUGGUUUGCCUAUUUCAAUCCUGGUACCCCAAUCUGUACGAGCCCAUCAACUCUAACCUGAUGGGGGCGUAUGGGGCCGACUUUGAUGCUGCUGUAGUCUUCUCGAAGAUUAUACGAGAAGUAUCACAGCAGACGGGCUGGGCGCCAACACCAGCCUACGGCCUAAACUGGAACACGCCGAUUAUCAAGAACGCCACUGCAACCAAAAAGUGGCUCUCUUGGUACCAGCCUGAGAAGCAGAUCUAUGUUUAUCGGAGCAAGCGACUGAUCCAAGUUCACCAAGGCACCGCCCCAAACAUUCACUGGCAAGGCCACGAUGUCAUCCAGGUCCCCACAGCGAUCGCAGAGGCCGCUUCGCUCAAGCAUGGCGACUCUGUGCAUGUUAUUGUCGAAGUCAGAAAGAAUGGAGAUCAGUACCUUACCCACCCAUUUCGAUUUGGUCGUAUGCCGCCACUUGUUGGACGAAACCCUGAGUUGGAAAAGCUCAGAGCAAUGGCGAUCAAAAUCCAAUGGCUCGACCCAGCAGGUACAGGUUGGAAUGAGUGCUACCUUGAGAAGAGCAGGAUUUGGAACCAAAUGGCGCAGCCGUGGUCUCACAUCUUGAAAUCCUUCCGUAAGGGUCUGCUGAUACUCUCGGACGUAGAGCAAACUACAUAUUCCAACGCCCCUGCCUGGGUCCCUGGGCGAGGUCCUGCACCUGUUCAGUUCCUGAGGUACGAUCAUCUUCAGCAGAAACUAAUAGUUGAGAAUGUCAGACCCAGAGUUGUGCCCUGGCCGCAAGAUCGCACUAUUGCAGAAAAUGCGGCCAGGUUAAGCCAGAUGUUUCCGGGUCCAGACACGAUCGUUGGCCCACGCCCUCAGCCAUGGUUUUUUGGCCCUUCAGCAAAUCGCCAAAUUUGCGACAUGUGUUAUUCUCAAGGAACCCCGACUGCCUGUAAAAAUAACUACGACGAAGAUGACCAAACUUGCAAAAGCUGUCGAGCGCUCAAUCGCCCGUGCACAUUCACAAGGGGGCCAGCCAUCAGAGAUCAGUUUAUUCAAGAGGGUGCUCUUGAAGAAUUGGGGAUUUCUGUGAGCCUUCUGAAGGAACGUGGCGCGAUGAUCUCCUCAAUGGCUUCGCCACCCUUUGACCCCGAUUUGGAAUCUGAGGAGCAUUCAGCCCCUGGAAAUAACUGAGAGGCGUCGGAAGCCAGGAUGGUAGGUUCCUUCGGACCUAGCUGAGCCUGAGGGAUGGUUGUCGAGAAUGUUUUGUUUUUUGGCGGCCGACAGAUGAGCGGAUGGUAUGGUGGUUGGCGUGGUGGCUGGUGGCAUUGAUGUGCAAUAGCCUUUCAACAAGGCGGCGUCUUAGCUCGGGUUUGCUCCAGCAGAUGACCUCUCAACAAGGUCAAUCCCCCAGAAAAGUU